UCGGUGUGUUUGGCGUUACCAUGGAGCUGCCGGGCCGCCCAGAACGCCGCUGGUCCCCCUGGCAACGCGGGAGGACCAAACCCGACCCGGGUGGCGGCGGCGAGAGCGGCCGCAAUGGUGUCUAACCCAGUGCAUGGCCUGCCUUUUCUCCCAGGCACGUCCUUUAAGGACUUAACGAAAACAGCAUUUCAUAGAAGCCAGACGCUGGGCUACAGGAAUGGCUAUGCAGUUGUUCGUCGUCCAACAGUUGGGAUUGGCGGGGACAGGCUCCAGGUCAACCAGCUGUCCCAGGCUGAUCUGGACGAGCUGGCCACCAAGGUCCCAAUCCUCACGUAUGGCCAGCCCAGGCAGGCCCCACCCGCACAGUUUGUUCCUGCUCAUGUGGCUUUCGACAAAAAGGUGCUUAAAUUUGAUGCCUAUUUCCAAGAAGAUGUUCCUAUGUCAACUGAGGAACAUUACAGGGUCCGCCAAGUGCACAUUUACUACUAUCUGGAAGAUGACAGCAUGUCUGUCAUAGAGCCUAUUGUGGAAAACUCUGGGAUCCCUCAAGGAAAGUUAAUCAAACGCCAGCGCCUUGCCAAGAAUGACCGGGGAGACCAUUACCAUUGGAAAGACCUAAACAGAGGAAUAAACAUCACAAUUUAUGGCAAAACUUUCCGUAUUGUUGACUGUGACAAGUUCACACAGGUAUUUUUGGAAAGUCAAGGAAUUGAGCUAAAUCCCCCAGAGAAGAUGGCGCUCGAUCCUUACACUGAACUCCGGAAACAGCCUCUCCGUAAAUAUGUGACCCCAACGGACUUUGAUCAACUCAAGCAGUUUCUCACCUUUGACAAACAGGUUCUUCGAUUCUAUGCCAUCUGGGAUGACACAGACAGCAUGUUUGGGGAGUGUCGGACCUACAUCAUUCACUACUAUCUUAUGGAUGACACGGUGGAAAUUCGAGAGGUCCACGAACGAAAUGAUGGGCGAGAUCCCUUCCCCCUCCUGAUGAACCGCCAGCGCAUGCCCAAGGUUUUGGUGGAGAAUGCAAAGAACUUCCCUCAGUGCGUGCUGGAGAUCUCCGAUAAGGAGGUGUUGGAAUGGUACACGGCCAAAGACUUCAUCGUCGGGAAGCCGCUCACUAUACUUGGGAGAACUUUCUUCAUUUAUGAUUGUGAUCCGUUUACUCGGCAGUAUUACCAAGAAAAAUUUGGAAUAUCCGAUUUACCACGCAUUGAUAUGAGCAAGAAGGAACCACCUCCUAUGAAACAGGAGUUGCCUCCCUAUAAUGGCUUUGGCCUAAUUGAAGACUCUGCUCAAAAUUGCUUUGCUCUCAUUCCAAAAGCUCCCCGAAAAGAUGUUAUUAAAAUGCUGAUGAACGAGAACAAGGUGCUUCGUUAUUUGGCCACACUGGAAUCCCCCAUCCCGGAAGACAAAGACCGCCGGUUUGUUUUGUCUUAUUUUCUAGCCACUGACAUGAUCAGUAUCUUUGAGCCUCCUGUUCGCAAUUCUGGUAUCAUUGGGGGCAAGUAUCUCGGCAGAACUAAAGUUGUCAAACCAGGUUCCUCGGCAGAAAACCCUGUCUACUAUGGCCCCAGUGACUUCUUCAUUGGUGCUGUGAUUGAGGUGUUUGGCCGCCGGUUCGUCAUCCUUGAUACAGAUGACUACGUUUUGAAAUACAUGGAGAGCAAUGCUGCCCAGUAUUCACCAGAAGCACUCCUGUCAAUUCAGAACCACAUUCGAAAACAAGAGGCUCCUGCACCAGAAUUGGAUGGCCAGCAAGCAGAAGAGGACCCAGGUGUGCGGGACAUGGAGGCCCUGAUAGACACGAUCCAGAAGCAACUGAAAGAUCGCCCAUGCAGGGACAACAUCCGUGAGGCCUUUCAGAUCUAUGACAAGGAAGCUUCAGGAUACGUGGACAGGGAGACGUUCUUUAAAAUCUGUAGCUCUUACCAGCUCCCAGUUGAUGACUCCUUGAUUAAGGAGCUCAUCAGGAUGUGCUCUCAUGGAGAAGACAAGAUCGACUACUAUAACUUCGUCCGUGCUUUCUCCAACUGACCUGCUGAGGACAGAACGCAGCACAGUAUGUUGACUUUGGGCCUCCAUCUACCUGUACGCCUCAUAGAGGCAUUUACAGAGCUCUUGAAAUUCCAUUUCUUUUUUGGUUAUUAUAUUUCACUACCACUGAAGUCUAAAUGAAAUUGGAUCUUGUAGGAGCUAAGGAGCCAUGAAUUUUAAAUCACUGUAACAUGGCUCAGAGACAUCAAAUAAAUAUAAACAGCAAGUAAUAAAUCAUUAGCCAAAAAAAGCAACAAAGCAAGAAAUGUGGAUUAAGAUGAUGUAUAACAUAACUACAUUUAUUUAAGAAUGUAUUCCGAUACCAAGUGAUGAAGCUCAACAGUGCAAAACCACACUUACUUUUGCACCAACCUAAUGGAACAGGAGCCAUCACAGGGUGGUACACUAAUUCGUAUUGUUUCAUGAAAUUUUUGUUUCAUGAGUCACGAGGUAUAAUGUAUUUCUUGAUGUUGGCUGUAGCUUAAAAAAAAAAAAAAAAAUUAUAGAGAAACUGCUCUUAGAGAACCCGGCCUCAAGAUAAGCAGAACAGAUUAGAAUAGCAGCUCCUGGUUGUCUACUAGGCUCUGGUGGACUUUCAGAAGUCCAGAAGCAGGGCUGCUCCUCAGUUGAAGUCAGCCUCCAACUUCACCUUUAUAAGCACUGUUUUGGAUUCCUCCCCACCAGCACUCCAUCUGCAUUCCCAGGGCCCUGAAAAUACCAUCUAGUCAAGCCUGUGACCUGUAGGCUUCGGGGGUACCUGAAAUGUCUCUAGAUUUCCAGGAGAGCAGGGGUCUUGGAUGAGUGAAUAUCCUGCUGGUGUAGAAGCACAAGCAUGUUCCUAUGAGAAAUUAAUUCACUGAGU